UUGGGGAAGUCCUGAGUAGGGGAGGAGCUGCAGAGCGGCUCCUGGGAAAGUUGGCCUGGGAGCAGCUGCGCUCUCAGUUGUGCUGGUGCUACUACUGGGGCCCGGGCUUGGGCCGAUCCUCUUCCAAUUAGCUCAGGGGUCUUCGGAGUUUGAGAAGGGUAGUGCGCCUUUGGUCUGCGGAAUACCACUCCAAGGGGGUAACCGACCAGCAGGAGCUUCUGAUUGGAAGCUCAGCUACAGAAGCGCUUUUGUCCUGACAGGACCUUUUCUCAAGUGACAGAACUAGUCAGGCCAGCCAAACUCGCAGGCAGUCCCAGCAGGUGUCUCCAGAUCUUCCCCCAGACUCUCUGCCCAGGGACAGGGGGAGGGGGCGGGAUCGGCAACGAGCCCCAGUGGGUGGCUGCCGCCUGCAGGGGCUGCUGAGCCUCCUGGGACGGAACAGGACCGAACCGAGGCGGGAUGGAGCCAGACAAUCAACCAGAGAUCUCCCGGCUCCGCUCCCUCUUCUUCGCUUGCGAUGCGAAUCGCUCUGGGCGCAUCGAACGCGAAGAGUUCAGCGCCUUGUGUGCCGAGCUGAAGGUCCGGCCCGAAGAGGCUGAAGCGAUCUUCCAGCGGUUGGACGCCGACUGCGACGGGGCGAUCACCUUUCAGGAGUUCGCCCGGGGCUUCCAAGGGGCCAGCCGGCGGCGGCGACGGCGGCGGAGCUGGGGCGAGCGGCCACCGCAGCUGGAGCUGGCACAGGGUGCAGUUGCGGUGGAGACAGAUGAGGAAGGAGAGGAGGGAGAGGCAACGGCUUUGGCUGCUCCGUGGGGCAUGAAGAGCUUGGGCCAAGCGUGGCAAGACUUCGAAGUCCGGCUCGGGGAGGAAGCCAAGUUCAUCCCUAGAAAAGAACAAGUUAGCGUUCUGUAUCAGAACAUCAACAUUUUGGAGCCAAGAUUAAUUCAACCUUAUGAACAUGUUAUCAAGAACUUUAUCCAAGAGAUCAGACUUCAAAGCACCGAGAUAGAAAACCUGGCCAUCGCAGUGAAAAGAGCCCAGGACAAAGCCGCCAUGCAGCUGAGUGAGCUGGAAGAGGAAAUGGAUCAGAGGAUCCAGGCCACAGAACAUAAAACAAGGAAAGAUGAGAAACGAAAAGCUGAAGAGGCACUAAAUGAUCUUAAACGUCAGUAUGAAGCAGAAGUAGGGGAACUUCAGGUGACCAUCAAAAAACUAAAAAAGCUGGAAGAACAGUCAAAGACCUUAAGUCAAAAAGAAGAUGUGGCUGCAUUAAAGAAAAGAAUUUAUGAUUUGUCAACAGAAAAUCAGAAAGUUAAAAAAGAUCUUUUAGAAGCACAAACAAACAUAGCCUUUCUUCAGAGUGAAUUAGAUGCCUUGAAAAGUGACUAUGCUGAUCAAAGUCUGAAUUCAGAAAGGGACUUGGAAAUAAUCAGAGAAUAUACUGAAGACAGAGAUUGCCUUGAGAGGCAAAUUGAAAUGCUUCAAACAGCCAACAGAAAAUUACAUGACAGUAAUGAUGGAUUAAGAAGUGCACUGGAAAACACAUAUAGUAAAUACAACAGAUCCUUGCGUAUAAAUAAUAUAUCACCAGGGAGCACACUCUCUAGAAGCAGUCCCAAAUUUAAUGGUGGCCAUUCUCCUCAGAAUUUGCGGUAUGACAGGUCAUCACGUUCUUCCUACGUGGAUGAGGAUUGUGAUUCAUUAGCCCUUUGCGAUCCAAUGCAGAGGAUGAACUAUGAGGUUGAUAGCCUGCCUGAGAGCUGCUUUGACAGUGGCCUGUCGACUUUGAGAGAUUCUAAUGAAUAUGAUUUUGAGGUGGAAGACAAGCAUCAAAGGAGUUUUCAAAGGUCACAGUGCACGCAGGAGAGCUUUGGGGGUGAUGCGUCUGAUACAGAUGUUCCAGAGAUACGAGAUGAAGAAGCCUAUGGUUCUGACAGCAUCAGUACAAUAUUAGGCUGGAAACCCUCAGAAUCUGUUGCUGAAGGGAACUUGGGUACUUCUGCAAGAAAGCCUAUAUCAGCCCUCUCACCACAGGCAAACUUGGCUGAUGGCAACCGUAAAUAUCCUAGCUCAGACAAGGCAUAUAAAAUUGUUCUUGCUGGAGAUGCUGCUGUGGGGAAGUCCAGUUUUCUCAUGAGGCUUUGUAAGAAUGAAUUUCGAGGAAACACCGGUGCCACUCUAGGAGUUGAUUUUCAAAUGAAGACUCUUAUUGUGGAUGGAGAGCCUACAGUCUUACAGCUCUGGGAUACAGCUGGUCAAGAGAGAUUCCGAAGUAUAGCUAAAUCCUACUUUAGAAAAGCAGAUGGUGUUCUGCUGUUAUAUGAUGUGACCUGUGAGAAAAGCUUCCUAAAUGUACGAGAAUGGGUAGAUACAAUUCAGGAUGCAGCGCAUGAAACAAUUCCAAUUAUGAUGGUGGGAAAUAAGGCAGAUCUUUGUGAAGCAGCUUUGGCCCAGGGACAGCAAUGUGUGCCAAAACAUUUUGGAGAAAAACUGGCCAUGACCUAUGGCGCCUUGUUCUGUGAAACAAGCGCGAAGGAAGGCUCCAAUGUUGUGGAAGCUGUUCUUCAUCUGGCUCGGGAAGUGAGAAAAAGAGCUGAUGAUGUCGACAGUAAAUCAAUUACCAACUUGACUGGGACAGGGUCAAAAAAGUCAGCACAGAUGAAGAACUGCUGUAAUGGUUAAAUCAGAAACUUUUGGACCUAAGAAAUCUUAUUUUUCAACAUCAUUAUUAUCAUGAGUAAUGGCAUGGCAUAUACCAGUGACUGCUAGAAUGUGGACAGUUAUAUAACAUGGGUCAUCUAUACCAUGGUUUAUUUCAUCUUAUUGUGGAGCCUCUAUGCAAUCUCCCCUUCUUUUCCAUGUGAUUAUGGGAGUUCAUAAAUAGGGUUUGUUUUUUGUUUUUGUUUUGUUUUGUUUUUUGGCCAUCAGAGACAUUUUGUUCAAGUUCCAAUAAAAUUUUACUGAUAAACUGAUUUUCAAAAACUCUUAAGUAACCUUACUCUCAUAUCAGAACUAGCAAAGAAGCUCUGAUUUAAAGAUUUAUGUGAUAAAUUACUUUCCCAUUACCUCCAAAAAUAUUUAUUUGACUUAUGUAAAUAGUUGGUGUAGUGGAAAUAACCCUGGUCUGGGAUCAGAGUUAUGAUCCCGCCAAUACCCUUAAGCCACCUAGCUGUUACUUAAUGUGUUGGUGCCUCAGUUUCCUCAUGUAUUUAAAAAAAAUGAGAGUGUUGGCCUAAAUAAUCUUUGAAGUCCUAGCCAGCUCUACGUGCCUAUGACUUCAUGGUUUGAAGUACAGAAUGAUUUAUCAUGCCUAUAUCCUUUAGGAAGAAUAUAGCUUCUAGCCACGAAGGUUCCAGCAAUUCAUUAUUUUGAUACAGCAAGAGCAUUAUUUCUCUCACUGUUAAAAAUAAAGAGAAAUGUUUAUUAAAAGUUAAAAGUGAUUGAUAUAUUAUGUCUCAGGCUAUGCUAUUAAUUGAAAAAUCAAUCUUUUAAAAAAAGUAAUGGAUUUUUAAAAAAGAAAACAUUUUGAUUCAUGGGAACUAUUUCUGUAGAGGAAGAAAAAAUUAUCUUGCUAUACUAGAAUAUACUAUGUGUAGUAAGUUAAAAUCUUAGAUUUUAAUAGAAAAUAUUACAAACUACAAACUUCUAAACAAAAAAGGUAUGAUUUGCUGGACAUAUCACUCUGUACUUUUUUUUAAAUUGAAAAAAGUUUUUUGGAAAAAAAUUUUGUAUUGGUAGAUUGAACUUGUACUAUGUUUAUUAGAAACUUUCAAUAUUUUCAUAAGAAUCCCUCAUGAAAACUUAAGUAUUUCAAUUUUAGUAUUAUUUGCAUUAACCAUAUUAAAUAGGACAGAUAUUUAAAACUACUAUCUAUAUUUUUUCAGGGUUUUAAAAUUGGUUCAUAAUGGCACAUCUUAUUUUAAAAUACAGAGAGGAGGUUAUAAAAAAUCUUUCUGGAGUUAUAUAUAUGAAUUAUAAAUAGUCAUUCUCAUUCCCACUCCAGAACACCAUCAAGAGCACAUGUCCUCUCUUUAGAAAUGAGUAUGGCCUUCUGGUUUCUUUGAUGUCUAUGAGAUAAAAUAGGACAACUCUCAAUAUGGUAGCCAAGGUGUUUGUGUCGUAGACAAAAUGCAUCCCAUCUUAUGGUAAAUGAGGUUGAGUAAGAUAAUUUCAGCAUUUUUUUUGCAAUUUAUUUGAAAAACCCUCACAUGUAUUAGACUUGGCUGUCUAUAGGUUUCAGAGGGAAACUAGGAAAACUAGGAAACUAGGAAAAAAGGAAACUAACAUUUCAGUUACUUGCUACAUAGAGCUGAACCAUCGAUUCACCAGACGGAAUCUUGCUCAACUUGACCUACGGUUCAAGUUCAAGGUUUGUUGAUGAAAUUAACAGAAAACUGUUAUUAGUAACAAGAAAUUUAGUAUGCUAACUAAAAAAAAAGUUCAUAAUAAGCUCUGAUUUAACUCUGAGGCAGCACAAUAUUGUGUUUAUUUUUAAUUUUAGUGUACUCUUAAAGAUUUAGUUCUUUAAAGGUGAGUCUACUCUUGAAAAUGGUGCACCAGCAUAAAAACGAAGUUUUGGUCAAAUAAAAUGUCUUGUCUGUGCCAUAUUGUCUUUAAUUUAUGUAUAAAUGUCUUAGUUCUUUUUUAUUUUAAUUUUCAAUGGCCUAGUGAAGCAAAGAUGUUGCUGCUAUCCUUUGGCCCCCUAAUGAUAUGACUUACUUGUGUCUGACAAUGUUAAACUACUGAUGGAAUGCAGCUGAUGUAAAUAUCAUGUGUUAGGACUUUUGUGUACCUAUUGGGAUGUUCAUCAUACCUGAAAGCUAUGUAAUGUAGUACACCUCAUUUUAUGGCACCUAUUUAUUUCCAAGGGAAUGUGUCUUCAUACUUGUCUGAUAGUGUGUAAAUAAGAUUAUGUAUAUUAGAAAGAAGUAUUAUUUUGCUCCAUUGUUGUUUGUAAAGUCAGCUUACCCAUUCAUUAUUAGCAAAAAUAAAAUAUGGCUGCAGGGCUAAAUGAACAACUUGAUUAAAUGUGGAGUUAGUGAAAAUUUCUAAUGAUGUGAUCAGAAUGUGAAACUUAACAUCUAGAGGUUAAUUUUGUUGAAAUAAGACAAACCUACCCCUAUCUCCACUAAGAUGGAAAUCAGCAUCAGGAUGUAGACUUGACCAGAAGUAGAUUAACUUAACAAAAUUGUUUUUACAUCUAAAGACAUAUUUGUUUACUGCUUUAAAAUCAGGUAGAAGAUUGCACUUAAUCAAUUCUUUCUUAUUUCCUUAGUUCUCUUUGUAAGCACAUACCUGGCCCUAUUUAUUUCACAUAGAUGUUAUAUCCUUUCUUAAAAUCAUGAACUCUGGCAAUUUGAGUGGUAUUUUAAUUUCGUUCUGGAAAAUGUCUUUAAUAAGGAGACAUUUUUCAGUCAUAGCUUUUAGUGCCAUUUUUCCCCAAAAUGCAUUUUUCUACUCUUUUGAUAAUUUAAUACUUAAUGUGAUUUGUAUAAACCCACGUUCCACAGCCUUAGUACUGAAAAUAAAGUUUAAAAUAAAAGAUUUAUUUUCAUAUUUGUAUAGCAUUCAUAUUUAGUAAUGAGUCUAUUUUAUAUGUGUGUACAUAUGUAUAUAAUAAAUUUCCUCUGUCUAUAUUAAGUAGGCCUUAGAGUAUGGAAUAAUCAUUUUAUGCUUUUGAUUUCUAUGGUUCAUAUUUUCAAAACCUGGACUGAAUUUCAUUCAUUUUUACUUUUCUUCAAACCGUUAAUAAUUAUGCCAUAAAAUAUACUUUUUAUACCAUUUCUUAUCUCUGUGGAGCCACAAAUAUGCUGUAUGUAUU